CUAUCGAUUAAUUGGAAACAGCACUCGCAGAACCACGAGGUUAUCUCCAGGUUCAGUAUUAUUCAAAGAACGCUUUCGUUCGGUGCUAUAAAAGCGUGCGUUACUCGAAUGCAUAAACAAUUGCAAAGAUGUGCGGAAGAAUUGUUGUGUUUUUUGUUGCGUGUUGUUUUUCCGUGACACUUUCGCAACAUGUUAAAGUUAAAUUAUACACCAUGGAGGUGAUGAAAAAGGAAAUCGAGGUUUCUGUUGAUGGGAAUGUUCGGGAAUUGAUUGGCAAGGAGUAUUAUGAUAAAAUGGAAGUGAUUACGCCAAAAUUGUCCACCUUAAAUAAGAACUUUCUUAGCAACAUCGGUAUUAGCAACAUUGUUUUAUCAUCGAAUAAUAUCAUUAAAUUGAUGCCGUCUAGUUUUGAAACUUGUCCACCAAUGACACAAGUAAACUUGACACAUAACCGGAUAAAAAUAAUUCCAGAGAAUAUUUUCACAAACACCAACAUUUCAGAUUUGAAUUUAUCAUUCAACGAAAUCGACACUAUUGAAGAAGAUGCCUUUUCCAAUAUGCCACUAUUAAUUAAUAUUGAUUUAAGGAACAAUAAUAUUAAAAAUUGGAAUCAAAACUGGUUCUAUAAGACACCACAACUAUCUAGAUUACAAUUCUCAAACAACAAGUUGCAAGAGCUACCAGCAAAUGCAUUUCAAAACUUAAUUGGCGAAAAGAAGUACGGAAAUAUUCAGAUGAAGUUAAUGCUGUAUUUUAGUUACAACGAUCUGAAAACUGUAACACUGAACGCUUUUGAUGGACUGAAGGAAAUUGAUAAAUUGUGGUUAGAUCACAAUCAUCUCACCACGUUCAAUGAAGCUAUUGUAGAUAAAAUCAAAAUUAACGAGUUGAGAUUAGACAGCAAUGAAAUCAACAGAUUGUCUGGAGAAUGGAAAAAGUUGCUCAAUAUUCAAAUCAUUGACUUAGACUCGAAUCCAUUUCAUUGUGACUUCAUAAACGAAAUGAAAAAAUGGUGCGAAAUUAAUAAUAAAAAAGUGAGCUUGUUUUAUUCCGAUAUGAACUGCAGAGUUGAUAGAAUUAAAGGGAAAAUGGACGACUUGAAGAGAACCUUGGAGAAACUGAAGAAUGAAAGGACAAGUACUCCUAAAAGUGCUUAAUUGUAUUUAACAAAUAUAAUUAAAGUCCAGUUUUGAUCCAAAACACA